AAAGUUGAGAUUACCAUCACCACAUGUUCUCUCUUUUACUAACAAAAGGUGAAACCAUUAAAUUUUUAAGACAAUUUCCGAUGGACCCGGUCAAUCAUAACUACGGUCAAAUCUGUCAAACUCCUAUAAAUUAAAAACUUACUUCUUCCUUCAUUUCUCCAAAAUAACUCUUUUUCUUCGCUUUAAUAUCUUUUUCACCUUCACUAUAAACCACGCGGGAGACACAAAAACAACAAGUAACUAAAUUAAUUAAUUACCGCAUUCAAAAAAAAAGUCUUACAUACAUAAUGACUCUUAAGCUCCUAUCUCUCGCCGUCGCCGCCUUGGCCAUUACAGCCGUCUUCGCUGCCGAUCCUCCAAAACCAGCGGGAGCGCCUAAAGCUAACGGCGACAAAAGCUCAACAUCUCCUUCUCCCGCCGCUGCAGCAUCGCCAAAAUCCACCCCCGCAUCACCGCCAAAAUCUCCCGCCGCUGCAGCAUCUCCAAAAUCAACCCAAGCAUCACCGCCAAAAUCUCCCGCCGCCGCAGCAUCCCCAAAACCCCCCCCUGCAUCACCGCCAAAAUCUCCCGCCGCUGCAGCAUCGCCAAAAUCAACCGCCGCAUCACCGCAAAAAUCAACCGCCUCGGCUCCAACCUCGCCGCCUAAGGCUUCUGCUCCGACCAACGCCAAGAAGAACUCCACCACCACUCCAAGCGCUUCCCCAUCUUCAGGUGGUGGAGCCAAUGCAAAGCCUCCGACGUCGUCGUCGACCAAAACUCCGGCGUCAAGCCCCGACUCAAGCUCUGGCGAUAGCGCUGAAGGUCCCACUAGCUCGUCUGACUCGCCUUCCGCCUCAUCUCCGCCAUCUCCCACUCCGGACAUGUCUCCUUCGUCGUCCGCUGAUGAAGGACCCGCCAGCGAAGGCCCCGAAGCUUCAGCUCCGACGGGAAGAGCCUCAUCGAUGGAGAUAUCCGUCUCCGGAUCCGUUCUCGCCGCCGUUGCAUGGUUCUUUUUCAUAUGACGAAAAAGUUAGUUACUAUUUGGUUUCAUAUUACGUCUAACAACAUUAUUAUACGUUUAAUAUUUAAUUUUUUUGGCUCAUUUAAAAACGGUCCGCACUCCGGUUCGAUUUUCAACACGUUAAAUUCGUUCAUAGUACGAAGGUUAGGAUGUUGUAAUAAAGGUUUAGUUUGUGUUAUUUAUGAUUAAUAUGAUCAUGUAAUCUUAGUCGUUAUAAUAACCAUUAUAUUCUCAUGGUUAAAAGGGUGUAUUAUGUUUGUAAUUUACAUCCAUUUUUCAAUUUCAUAGUACAUUUUCAAAUACGGAUAACAAUGCGGAAGAUCCAUGAUACAACAAUUUACAUGAAAUCAUAAACAUAGGGUUAGAACUAUUCACUACCAUGAAAAUAAAGAGAACCAUACAAUAUACUUUAACACCAAAGAGGUUAUAUAUAUACCAACUAAAGAUAAUUAGCUUGUGAAUGUUAAUAGAAUUCUAUUAUAAUUUCAUAUAUACAACAUAUACAUGAAACUCAUAAAGACGUUUGAUGUACAUAUGGUUUUGUGUUGUUUUCAAUUAUCAAAUGCAUGCAUAUGAAAACAAACAAUUAGUUAGAAUCACCCCCAACAAUAUUCUAAAAUAGUAAAAACAAGAUAUAUAG